CACUAGGAAAAAAAAGAAACGUCUAGAAAAAGAGCUCUAAAGUAUUUCCCGCUAUAUUCGAUGUGUUUGUAUACAAAGAAUGGACUUUUAAGUCCUAUGUUUUCCUACAUACAUGAUGUAAAUAAUUUCAUCAUUUUCUAUAUACGAAUGAUGUUGAAAGAAUUCAACGUUUUCUUCUUUCUAUCAUUAAAAAAUCAUUUAUAUCGUAAAUAAUCUCGUAAUCGUUACCUAAAUGGCUUCACCACGAAGAUUCGUGUCUACGCUAAAGCAUCUAUCACCUCGGCCACUAGAAAGUGCUAUGUUAAACGUUAGGUGAGAAUAAUCAGAAUUUUUGUUAUUUAAACUAAAGUCUACAAACGAAUAAUAAUUUAUUAGAAUAUGUCCAAGUCCAAAAACUCCAGAUAACAUUCACGAAAAAAAGAUGGAAGAUGAAAAGUUGUCACCGUUCAAUAUCGAUACUCCUAAUAGAGUCGAACUACUCAGGAACGGUCUGUCGAGGAAACAUCGUUCUGUGCUCGGAGCGGGUGCUUUCGGUACCGUCUAUAAGGUACUUUACAAAGGAAACCAAAUGGCAGCCAAGAUAAUUCCACGCAAACAAAAUGAUGAUGAAGUAAUAAAUUCGGAGAGACAUGCGACUAUCCUGCGACACACCAAUAUUGUGAAAAUAUUGAGAAUAGAACAAGGCAAUAGCUUAUCAUUGAUAACAAUGGAACUAUGCGGCACGUCAUUGAAGGACAGACUGCAGGAAUCGGCACUGUCGAAAGAGAAGCGUGUCUCAAUCUGGAAAGAUAUCGCUAGUGCGCUUCAAUUUUGCCAUGAUGCUGGUGUAAUACAUGCAGAUGUUAAAGCAACCAAUAUUUUAAUGGCAGCUAACGGUCAAGCUAAGCUCACCGACUUCGGUAGUUCUAUACUAGUCGAUGAACCGCACGUUUCAAUUAGGCCGCGAGGUACACCAGGCUAUGCAGCACCAGAAGUGCUUCGAGGAGAUAUACCUACGUUCGCUACCGAUAUAUAUUCCUUAGGAAUCGUGGCCUGGCAAAUGCUCUCUCGAGAAGUACCUUUCUAUGGAUUACAUGUGCAUACCGUCAUAUAUAUUUCUGUAAAAGGAACACGUCCUGAAUAUGAAGAUCUUGAUGACGAGUUCGAUGGAAGAUACAAAGAAUUAUUCAGAGCGGCAUGGUCCCAGAAUAUCGCAGAUAGACCCUCGCUCCAUGAAAUAAUCAGUAAACUUGAUCUUUUGUAAUCCAUAGUU